AUGCAGGUCUGCUCCAACUUCAAGAGGAUUCGCUCCUCGCUCCAGGAGCUUUUGGGGAUCAAGCGGAGGAAGCAAGUCAGGGGUCAAGAUAUUUCGGCUCCUUACAACUUCAAAAAAGAAACCACUGUCAUUCCCGGUAUCACAGAAGAAGAACUCGAAGCCUACCGCGACAAAGCCGCCGCCUUCCAUCUCGACCCCCUCCGCCAACACUCACCUUCAUCCUCCCGUUCUCGCCGUGGUGUCGACCGCAACAACAACAAGAACAAGAACAACAAAACCAACAAAAGCCACAACCAACUCCGUUCCUCCAGCUUAGCCAACCUCACCGUCUUGGAGUCAACCACCACCACCACCACCAACCCCACCUCAUCCUCCAACAACAGAAAACAACUACUCAUCUCCAAAUCCUGCCUCUCCCUCAACAACCUUCCCUCUUCCUCUCACUCGCAAGGAGGACAACCGCAUCAACCACCCCGCAAGUUCUCAGUCCCCAGCUCCGCUUCCUCACCCACCGUCUCCCAUGGAUUAGGAGGAGGACAUGGACAUGGAUCACUCGGUUUCGAUCUAGGUAUCGGCGGAGGAGAGAUGGGAACGGGGUUGAGGCCUCCUAGUCCUUGUUUGUCGCUGCCUACGAGGAUUGGGAUGGGGAUUAAUAGCGCGGCUAGUGGGAGUCCGGUUAGUCCGACGGGGACGACGAUGACGACGCCUAGUUCGCCUUUGGGGAUGGAAAUGGGGGUUAGGGCGCAGAGGAGUAGGGCUUCUAUCAACGGGAACGGACACGGGGGUAACGGAAGUGGGAGUGGAAGUGGGACUGGAAGUGGUACAACGACGCCCAAAUCAUCUUCUCCCGUAUUGGUCAUCGGGACGGAGGCUGUUAGUCUCAGUCCUAUUAGCCCGGUCAGCGUCAGCCCUGUUCAUCAACAGCACUCAUACCCAGCGAAACUACAGCUCAACACAUCGCCCUCGACCACGACUACAUCAACAGCCACAGAAACAUACGUAUCCGCCCCUGCUUCAGCCACUGCCCCUGCUUCAGCCACUGCCCCUGCUUCAGCGGCCUCCCCGGUCUCAGCAGCCUCCGAAGCGUCUGCCGUCUCCGUUCUCUCUGCUGUGUCCGCUGUGUCAGCAGCGAUGGGAACCGCAGAUUUGGACUCCUUCGUCUUGGGAAGCCCGAUUAGUCCUAUCAGUUCUGUUAGUCCUGUUAGUCCUGUUAGUCCGUUGAGUCUUGAUGAUGAUGGACACCAUCACCAUCCAACAAAGAGUUCGGAAACAACAACCAGAACAAACACAAAAAUGGGAAGUGGGAUGAUGUCGUUUUAA